GAGGUUGGGAUCGGUAGUAGGUGGGAACAGCAGUGAGUGCGAAGCAAUUCUUAUCAUUCAGAAGCUUAAAAAAAAACUGGCUGUUCGCCCUUUACAGCCUGUUCUCCACCGCCUUCUUCUGUCCUCCGAUUAUAUGAGACAUAGGAGGAGAGAGCAGCAGAUCGCAAGUCGAUAAGUCAUAGCCAUGGCUUCUUUGAGAACCAACCUCCUCCUACUACUAUCCUUCGCCGCGGCGGCAGCAGCGGCCGCGCCGGAGACGGCGACGUCGAUGAGAUUCUACAUGCACGACACGGUGAGCGGGGCGAGCCCCAGCGCGGUGCGGGUGGUGCGGGGGCCAAACUCCACCGGCUUCAGCUUCGGCGACGUCUUCGUGGUGGACGACCCGCUGACGGAGGGGCCCGCCGCCGACUCCCGGGCGGUCGGCCGGGCGCAGGGGUUCUACGCCUUCGUGUCGCGGCGGGCCGACGCGCCGGCGCUGCUGCUGAGCCUCAACCUGGUGUUCGCCAACGCGAGCACGGUGGAGGUGGUGGGCCACGACCUCCUCUCGGCGCCGGUGCGGGAGCUGCCGGUGGUGGGCGGCUCCGGCGCCUUCCGCCUCGCCCUCGGCUACGUGCUCGCGAGGACGCACAAGCUCGACAUCAGCACCGGCGACGCUGUGUUGGAGUGGGAGUUGCACCUCGCCGGGAGCAAUUCCAAGCAGGGAGACCUGACCGCCGCCACAGCCCCCUCCACGAAUGAAGGAUCAUCAUCAUCUUCCUCAGCUUCUUACACCGUUCACCUUCCUUUAUUGUUCAUCUUCAUCGUCCAUGUUUUGACGAGCAAAAUGGAAGAGGAAAACUGAUAAUUUUGUGAACGUGAUAUUAUCUUCUCUUGUUUAUAAAUCUCAAUAUCAACGAGAUUUUCCAAUUAUUGUAUUAUAAUAAAAGAUUUAACGGCAA